AUGAAGCACCUUUGGGCUGCCAUAGGCUUCAUAAUUGCUGUGUUCUUCUUGACCGCGAUCAAGAAACGGACAAGACCCAGGUUCCCUCCCGGUCCACCUGGACUUCCAAUUAUAGGAAAUCUUCACCAGUAUCCGUCCAGCCUGGCCAGGUUGACCUUCGAUAAAUGGCACAAACAAUACGGGCCACUCGUGGGACUAUCACUGGGGUCAAGACGGGUCAUUAUCAUUGGGAAUGUCUCGAUUGCCAAUGAACUAUUCGCAAAACGCGGCCGCAUCUACAGCUCUCGGCCUCGCAUGGUCAUGGCUCUAGAUAACUUGACGCAUGGGAUGCACACGGUCUUCCUUCCGUAUGGACCCCGAUGGCGAGCGCAUAAUCGCAUCCACAAGACCAUUCUCCCACCGAGCAAGGCAAUGCAUUUCCACGAGCUUCUCGAGGCUGAAGCAAAGCUAACUCUCCGUGAUAUGCUGCAUGGAAACGACUGGGACCGAAGCAUUGUCCGCUUUACGUCGAGCGUCGUAUACAGCCUUGCGUAUGGCAAACGUCUCAAAGGCGAUGAGAUAGAGAUCCAGCAAAUGUCUGUGUUUGUGGAGGAGACCAUGCGCGCUAUCUCUGGGUCCUGGCUGGUGGACAUCUUGCCCGUGGUCAAUUUACUUCCGAGCAUGCUCAACCCCUGGAAACGAUUCGGGAAUCGCUGCCACCAGGAGGCGGUGCGAAUCUUCGCAGAGAGCAGUAGACGAGCUAUGACCGCACCGGGAUGGAAUUUCACAAAACAUGUUCAAACGAAGGAACGAACCACCGGGCUCAACGACGAAGAACUUCUUUAUAUAGUCGGAGUGCUCUUUCAAGCUGGUCUUGAUUCCACUUCAACGAGCCUUCGGUAUUGCGUCCUAGCAUGUGUUCUGCACCCCGAGAAAAUGGCUGAAGCUCAACGAGAACUGGAUGCUGUGGUUGGGAGAGAUCGUCUCCCCAAUCUGGAGGAUCUACCAGAGCUUCCAUAUACAAGAGCAUUUAUCAAGGAGGUUCUUCGCUGGCGGCCUAUCACAGUUGGGUCAUUAGCGCACUGCAGCUCUGAGCAUGACACAUUCAUGGGCUAUGAUAUACCUAAAGGCUCGGUUGUCAUACUCAACCAUUGGUCUGCCGCUCUGAGCACCGAGACCUACGGAUCAGAUGCCGCCUUGUUUCGUCCGGAGCGGUGGCUUGAAGACCCUCACCUGCCGCUUCUUGCAUUUGGUUGUGGGCGAAGGGCUUGCUCAGGGCAGUUCCUCGCUGUGAAGGAGCUCGAAGUCCUGAUUCCCAACAUUCUCUGGGCUUAUAAUAUCGAAACGGGCUCUUGUAAUGGAACCAAGGUAAAAUUGGAUCCUUGGAAUCUUCAGGAGAUCGGUGGUCUCCUCCGACCGCCCCCAUUUCCAGCCACAUUCACCCCGCGUGACGAGAAUAGGCGAGCUUUGAUUGCGCGGGAGUCCGAGUCGGUAGAUGCAGAGGGCCUCCAAGUGAGUGGUGCAAAAGCUAAUGUACAGUCCUUGAUUGGUAUGUUCUGCCUUGUUCAUAGAUAA